GUUACCCCCAUGGAAGCACAUGCUUCGCUCCAAACGGGCCAUCCUGAAGCAGUUCAACCCUUGUCUGAACGUGAGAGGGUGCUAUUGCAUGCAAUGUUGGAAGAAUGUCAUCAUAGUUGUGCGUCGGCUCCUGACAUAUCCAUGCCCUGGGAAUUGCCAGCAUUGUCAAUGGUUUUUGGAGAGCCGAAUAGACCAAUCAUUCCUCCGAUCAGACCCGUAUUGGGGUAUGUGGAGCCACCCAGUGGUGAUGUUAGAACGGAAGGUGUUGUGAUUGUGCAGCCGAAAGCCACUGCCUUCGAACAUGCAAUCAGCUUCAAUUCCAAGAGGACUUGUCAUCUCCCAGAAUCAGAGCAGCUCCUUCUUCUGAUUCAGAAAUGGGAGGCAGUGGUCUCCAUCGAACCUAGGGCGUUCGACCUUGGGGUCAAUGUUGUGGACCUAACCUAUGAAGAGCGGUUGUCGGUGGUCAGGGAUGUCCUUGGAGGAAAAGCCAUUGCAACCAUCCGGCAACGACUUGGACAGUUGGGCCAGUACAUCAAGUGGGCAACAGAAGAGGCUCGACGCCCUCCGUUUCCGGUGACGUCGGAGCUCGUCAAAAACUAUGUGAGACAUUUGAGAAACCAUGAUGCCACUUUCUCGAAGUACACAGGUUUCCUGGAGACACUCAAGUUUUCAAAAUACGUUGUGGGUCUCGAAUGUGAUCUGGAGGCUUUCAAAUCGGCCUGGGUGUCAGGCAUCAUGCGAGCAGCAGGACAGAACAGGCCAUUACGCAGACAAUCCACGGUGCUGACAGUGGAUGCUCUCCUGUUCCUUGAAGCUUUGCUUGAGGACUCUCAGGUUGCCGGAGUCGACCGGUACGCAGUUGGAGUCGUGUUGUUUGCGACAUACUCCCGGGCCAGAUUUGGAGACCUCAAGAGCAUCGCCUCCAUCCUCAUUGACGAGGUGCCUCCGAACAAGGAGGAGAGCAUUGGCUUCCUGGAGAUGCACUCAGCGUCCCACAAGAUGCGGGCUACGGGCAACCGCCUAGGUUCCCAUCUGCCCUUGGUGGCCCCUCUGAAGGGUUUGGGACCGACAUCGUGGGGAAAGACCUUCAUCAAGAUUGGCAAGGAGGUCGGUCUGGACACGGGCAAGUGGGAUCCUUAUUGUCCACUAUUGCCUGCACCUGACCAGAUGGGAGCAUGGACCGGCAGACCGACCACAUCAGGCGAAAUCAACAGAUGGAUAAAGCAGAUCUUACUGCCCUGUGAGUUUGACGCAUCUGGCUUCACCCCUCAUGGCUGCAAGGCUACAACACUGGCCAUGUUGUCGAAGUAUGGCGUGGAGGCUGAAGUUAGACUUGCAUUGGGCCAUCACCAGAUCCGCAAGGGGGCGGCUGAGGUGUAUGCAAGGGACACCCAGUCUGCCCCCUUGAGGGUAUUGGAGUCAAUGUUCCGUGACAUCAGACGGGGUCACUUCCAACCAGACCAAUCUCGGUCGGGCAUGUUUCGCAGGGAAGAACAUGAAGUGAAUCCUGCGCCAGCACAGGACCCUGGCCUGGUGACGGAUGUGCCCUUGCCGGCACCUGAAGGGGAGUACUCUCCUGGAUCACUCGCUGAGAGCUGGAACCUCGAGACACCUGGGAUCCCAGCAGUUCUUGCAGCCAUGGAGCCAUCAGAGGCAGUGGAUACAAUCUCUUGCAACUCAGAUGAUAGCAGCUCUUCGAGCGACUCCGAGGCUGACAGCUGUGCAACAGAGACGCUGGAGGAACAGGCAAAGGACAUGCCAGAAGCCCAUGCGUCUGCCCAGAAAAGCAUACCGAAGAUGUAUCAGCACAAGAAAUCAAAGGUGGUGCACUACGCAUCCUGGUCUGGCACGGCCUUCACAUGUGGGCGACAGUUGACCCAGGAGUAUCGGCAGUGCUCUGAAAGACUUGUGGUGGAGUCCAUGAGAUGUCAGAAUUGCCAAAGGCGAGUCGACAGCCGAACUCGCGACCAUGACCUUGAGAACAUGGAAGCCGUGGUCAAGCGCUCGAGGCGUCAGUAG